AUGACCACGAAUGGAUUCGUUAAAUUCAGAGGACGUACUUGUUAUACUUUGGGUCUUAACCCUCGAAGUCCUACUCCCGAGGUAUCUACUUCGGGUCUUAACCCUCUAAUCACUACUCCCGAGGUUUCUACUUUGGGUCUUAACCCUCUAAGUCCUACUCCCGAGGUGUCUACUUUGGAUUUUAACCCUCUAAGUCCUAGUCCCGAGGUGUCUACUUUGGGACUUAACCCUCUAAGUCCUAGUCCCGAGGUGUCUACUUUGGGACUUAACCCUCUAAUCACUACUCCCGAACUUUCUACUUUGGGACUUAACCAUCUAAGUCCUACUCCCGAAGUAUCUUCUUUGGGUCUUAACCCUCUAAUCACUACUCCCGAACUUUCUACUUUGGGACUUAACUCUCUAAGUCCUAGUCCCGAAGUAUCUACUUUGGGUCUUAACUAUCUAAGUCCUACUCCCGAGGUUUCUACUUUGGGUCUUAACCCUCUAAGCACUACUCCCGAGGUGUCUACUUUGGAUCUUAACCCUCUAAUCACUACUCCCGAUGUGUCUACUUUGGGUCUUAACCCUCUAAGCACUACUCCCGAAGUGUCUACUUUGGAUUUUAACCCUCCAAGUCCUACUCCCGAGGUUUCUACUUUGGGUCUUAACCCUCUAAGCACUACUGCCGAGGUGUCUACUUUGGGUUUUAACCCUCUCAGCACUACUCCCGAGGUUUCUACUUUGGUACUUAACCCUCUCUGCACUACUCCCGAUGUUUCUACUUUGGGUCUUAACCCUCUAAGCACUACUCCCGAGGUGUCUACUUUGGAUCUUAACCCUCUAAUCACUACUCCCGAUGUGUCUACUUUGGGUCUUAACCCUCUAAGCACUACUCCCGAAGUGUCUACUUUGGGUUUUAACCCUCUCAAGUCCUACUCCCGAUGUUUCUACUUUGGGUAUUAA